AUGGAACAUUUGGAAAAGGCGUAUGUUAGGGAUUCAGUUACUGCCGCUGAGUUUAAAAUCGGUGUACCUGCAACCAUUGAACAUUCUAUAGAUCCUAUCAAAUCUGCAAAAUACGUGGCAGAAACUGUUUCUCAUUUUAUCACAUUAAUGGAUGCACUUAAACUGAAUAUGAAGGCCGUAGAUGAAAUUCAUCCAAUGCUUAGUGAUUUAAUGCAAAGCUUAAACAACGUGAGCUCACUACCCGCAGAGCAUGAAGCUAAAAUAAGGAAUUGGUUAAUCACACUAAACAGUAUGAAGGCCAUUGACGAAAUAAAUGAAGAGCAAGUACGACAACUACUAUUCGAUCUCGAAAACGCUCAUAAUGCGUUUUAUCGCUCAUUAUCAGAUAAGAGUUGA